UUUUGAGGGUCUGCCCGCUAUCUAUUUCCGGUGACUUAGCGCGUGUUUUACCUUUUACUGAGGCAUCACAUCGCGGCUUAUCUGUGCAUAAUUUCGCACAUUUUGCUCAGCGAGUGCAAAACACACCAGGGCAGAAAAAAAGUUUCUGUGCGAAUACACAAACAGGGAGAAGGCUGGAGCUGGAAGGCAGUGACGGCCAGGAUCUUCAGGAUGGUGGCAGGACCACCACAACCAAAACACCCAUGGAGUCUAUUACGCACUCAAGUGGAAAAACUCCGGCUCAUCUCACAGUGCGCGAAUCCCUGUUUGAGAAGUCUCGUGCUGACACCUCGCUGACCCUGCUAACAAGAAAGUUUGCAGAACUCCUGCGGUGCUCUGGUGACGGGGUGUUGGAUCUAAAUAUUGUUUCCCAGAAGCUCAAUGCUCCAAAGAGGCGCGUCUACGAUAUCACCAAUGUCCUGGAAGGCAUCCAGCUCAUCAAAAAGAAAUCUAAGAACUGCAUUGAAUGGCUGGGCAGCAUAAAGUCUCAACUACAUAAGGAUCUGCAUGAUCUCACGGUGGAGGAGAAGAGGUUGGAUGACCUGAUCCUGAACUGUACGCAGCAGGCUCGCUUGAUGUGUGAGGACAGUCGCUUUCAAAGAUUUGCAUAUUUGACAUACGAAGAUGUCCAAAGAAUUCCCACUUUAAGGGACCAGACUGUGAUUGUUAUAAAAGCCCCUGCAGAGACAAAACUGGAAGUCCCACAUCCAGAGGAGAGCCUUCAAAUCCACCUCCUCAGCACCCAGGGGCCCAUUGAGGUGUACCUAUGCUCUGAUGAAAGCACCCCUAUGGACACUACAGGUCAUCGGGUGCAGUCAGCUGGCACAUCAGGGUUUUCCCCAGUGGACAGCCAUAACUCCCUCUGACGGAGGAGACCUCCAACAGAACCGGGCCUGGAAGGGCGGCAGUGAGGGGACAGAGGAGCGAGAGCCAUCAUCGGGCCAUGACGCACCAGCAGGCAGGUUGGUUGGGUCCGAGUCCAGCGGUACCUGUAGAAAACCUGUACAGACCCACAGACUGAACCCGGACGUGUGCUGCUAAUACCGGACGAUUAUUCUCCUAAUAUGUGAACUCGUGCGAACAAGAACAUUUGACUGGAAUGCGUCAGUCGUUUACAGCAGGACACUCACCACGUUCUAGCCUGUUUUACCUGAAUCAGUUGUAGGUCCCUCCUCAGAAUAAAGCCCUGAGCAGAAUUUGGGCCCAACUGACUUGGAGUCAGGUUUUAGUUCUUUGGGAAGUGGAGGAGCAGACUUCUAACCUUAAUGGGAAAACGGUGAAGGGCAUCAAAUUAAAUGAAUAAGGCAACAUUAUGGAUUUAAAUAUCGGCACAGUAUUUCAUUGGCACGGCCCGACGUCUCCUGCGAAGGUGUCCAGAACGACGGCAAAACGCUCAUCUGCUGAAUAAAGAAUCCGCUGGCGAGGGUUCAUAUCAAAUAUGCAGCUUUAAAGGGUGGCAAAACAAACACAGCAGGACGGAACACUUCGCUCGUCCGUUGCGCUCGCGUGCGGCACUGUUUCGGAGCCCUUUGAUGUAAUUAUGUCUGUUCCCUUAUGCCUCGCGAUCUGCUUUUCAUCAUCAUUAUGCUUUUCAGUAAUGAGCACUCACUUUCUGUUGAAUAAAGAAAAACAUACAUUUCCACACAAUGGAA